CAGCUGUGGACAACGACGACGACGACGACAACGAUCUUGACUGAGAGGAUAUUGUAAAGCGUGCCAAGUGGCCUCUUCUCAAGCGCUAUUAUGAGCUGUUGAAUGCUCACCCCACCAUGGGAAUAGCCCUGGGCACGGACACCGCUAGAAGUAGCGAGGAGGAGGAUUGUGACACCGGUGCUGAUAGGAGUGCUGUUGCUGCUGAUGCGAAUGCUGAUGCAGCUGGUUUAGUGCUCCAAGUUCAAGUGGAGGACGACGAAGUAGAUGAAGCACUUCCCGUUCUGCUGGAUGAAGACUACGGGGUAGGUGAUGAUGGACCUGGAAGCGAGCGCGAUGUGCCACCCAGUAGCAGCGACAACGAAGAUAACGAACAGGCCGUGUCUGAACAACCAGCAAGGGGUGUUAAAGCACAGGUAGCAGUGAGUGACGCACAGCAACACCCAACACCCAACACACCACCUACAAGAAUUGUGCGUGCACGUACCCAAACAGUAACACCACCCCAGCAGGAGCAACAGCGGCAGUUCCUUGAUGGAAUGGGUGCUAUUCUAGACGGUCAAGCGCAGCAAACUUUAGCCACCCAGACCCAGCUCCAGCAACAGCAACAGCAGUUUGAGGAGCGGAUGAGGCAACAGCAUGAAGACAAGGAUGCCAGGGAACAGGAGCGCCAUCAGCAGUUUGUUAUGACUAUGCAGCAAUCCAUGAUGACAUUCCAAGGUACUCUGAUGCAGAACCACUUUGGAAGGAGGAGACGACACGCCAGCAGCAGCGACUCUGAUUAAAUGUGUUGGUCAAAUCAGUGACUUAUUUCAGAAUAAUCUCUCUGCGUUCAUUACAUUCUUGCUGACAUGGCUAUACAAUAAUUAUACACGAUGAAAUGUACGACUAGCUGAUUGUACAUAAUAUGUCCGAAUGCAGCUCUUUCAAUGCCUAUGCUGUGAACACUCAACAUCUUAGGCACGCAUAUGAUUCUUUCUAAUUCCUAAGCUCCAGCUGUUUGUUGUUGCUGCCAUGCCUGUCUCUACUAGUAGCUGCCGGUGGUAAUGGUGUGCUAAUUGCGUUUCUCAGUGGCGACUGAUUAAUGUAUUGGUCAAAUCAGUGACUGAUUUCUGAAUAAUCUCUCUGCGUUAAUAACAUUCUUGCUGACAUGCCUAUACAAUAUACACGAUGGGAUGUACGACUAGCUGAUUGUACAUACAAUGUCCGAAUGCAGCUCUUUCAAUGCCUAUGCAGUGGACCCUCAACAUCUUCGGCACGCAAAUGAUUCUUUCUAAUUCCAAAGCUCAAGCUGUUUGUUAUAUUAUUAUUAUUCCACAAUUAUA